UUUUUUCAGCAGGUACUUUUGUAGACAGUUUUUACGAUAUUAUGUAAUUUCACAAUGUAUCCAUACGUGGCACACGAGGAAACAUGGAACGUACAUGUAUUCGCCAUCUAGAUGAAAAUUAAUAAUUAAUUCCACAACAAAAACAAAGUUUAAUAUGUUAAAAAUAAGCCUACCCCUGAAGGCACAGCUGCUAUCUUAGCGUGGUGUUUUUUUUUUUUUAUCUUCCAUGCCUUCUUCUUUAUAUUACAUUGUAGUUAUUGGAAGUUGCAGUUAUGUGUUAUUUAUAAAGUAGGUUACCCGUUUAUUUAUUCAUUUAUCAUGUAUUUGUUAUUGACAUUAGUUAGGGUUUGCGGCUUAAACACGCACGUUUAAAGAGCUACAGCUUCUCGUGCUUUACAAAGUAUCUAUAUUUUUUCUUUUUAAGAGGAAAGUUUUCAUCUUACACAAGUUGAAAACUAGUUAGGCGCGCCGCGGUCUACUAAUGCGGGUCCUGCUGCGUACUCCGUCCCCGUUACCACGGAAACCCUGUUACAAUGCUGUGGUCUGUGAUGCUAAAGCCAACCUUGAGCUAAACGGAGCACACUUGCUAUUAUUCAGUCCAACGUUACAUAUAAGCGCUACAGAUGUCUCCACACAAAGACGUCAAAUUUCCACCUUUAACACCGUCACAAAAACAAAGACUUACAUAUGACCGUAGUGUACAAAAUGACACUAUCCAGACAUCAGAGGAAGGGCAAGAAGAAGAAAUAGCUGUUUCUAUCCAACCUGGCGCUAGAAAGCUGUGCUGGAAAGGUAGCAGUUACAUUUAUGCAGGCCCGGGGAGGAAGCCCCAACUCCUGAUGCACCUGGAGAGCUAUGUGAACAAGGAGCUGCACAAUAUCAGCUCCGAUGAGCCAAAUAUUCAGGAACUGAAGCUACAGGUCUACCGUGAUGUCUUUGGUUGUUUCAUCAAAGAGUUCAAAACCUACAAACCCCUUCUUUCUGCCAUCAAAAAGGAAUAUGAAGUCACUUUAGCACAUCAGCAGGAUCAAAUCCAAGAACUGGAACAACUGCGGUCCCAUCUGAGGCUGGUGACAGAGGAAUGUGACAGGAAGAUUCAAGCUCGCUGGGCAGAGGAGCAGGCUGAGAUUGGAGCCUUGAAAAGGGAGAAGCAGCAACUGCAGAUGGACAUUGAGGCCAUGAGGCAGAGAGAAAAGGCCAUGCAGGCAGUGGUGGACCACCUGCAGUCGGAACUCUCUGACCAGUAUCUGCAGUACCGGGAGGAGCGUGAUGCCCGCAAGUUGCUGAUCUGGCAGCUCAAUGACCUAACAAGAGGCUCUGCUAAGGAAAAGCACCCUGAAGAUGAAAAUACAGAUGGAUGAGAGUGUGGCCCAAGGGCAAAGCCAGGUUCAGUCCAGCCAACCAAAAGAGCUGAUUGACUCUGAUCCCCCUGAGAGCAGCACACUUACUGUCCAGGAGUUUAGGGCAGCCCUGAGGACAGCGUUCCCUCUGAAGUCAGACCAGGAAAUAGAUGAACUUGUGGCCUCGGCCCAAAGCGAACCAGACAGCAGCAAUGACGCCAUCUCUUCUCAGAGACUCCACAGCCUGCUUGCAGAAUCCGGUGUGGCACCCUUACCUCCAGCUCCUGACCAAUCAGAAGAAAAUGCUGCAUCAAAUCCCUUUCCGGCCAACGACUGAUAUGAUGUUGUAAUAUUAAUUAUAUAUAUUGAGAAGGCCAACUUGCCGACCUAGGUACAUCUGAAAAAAAAAAAAAGAUGUAUAAACCUUAAUUCUGGAGUCACAGAUUGAUCAUGCAUUUUAAACAGUUCCUGACAUUUAACCAACUGCAAAUGUAUGUAUUUGUAUUAUCAUUGUCUGCAAUUCACCUCCAUUGUGAUGGGAGUUACAGUAGUAAGAUGUCUUAGCCACACAGAGCUCAAAAUCUGGAUGGGGAAUCAAUUUUCUAUUGACAGUCAAUUAUUUGUGAUUUGAGUGAACUGACUCUAUAAUGUUAUAUAAGUACCAUGUGUGCCUUGUAGAAUGGUUUAUAUUAUCCUGGCAAAUGCAACUUAUCAAAAUAUAAAUAAAUCACUAUAGAUUUAUAGUGUUCAUUCAGAUAGCUUUUUAUUAGUAUGUGUCUUGCACUCUUAAGCUAUUCAUUACAACUUCAAAAUUCAAUACAUUUGUCAUUUUUCACGAAAUUAGGUGUUGGGACUGUAUCUGCAAGUAGAAAGUAAAGGGAACCAGCCAGCCUCAAAGCCCUUGAAAUACAUGGUCUGGAGAAAGAGAUUAAUGAAUGUGCUGUUGACGAUAAAGUAACCACCCCAGAUAAGCCCCUUUUAGACGUGGACAGUAAUCUGUAAAAGCCAAUUUUACUGUAUGUGUUGACGUCUUGUUUGAAAAUGUCCACAAGUCAAUUUGCCAGAACCCACAGGGGCGGAUCUAGAGGGGUGGUAUGGGGUGGCAGUGGCCACCCCUAACAAAUGCAUGGCCACCCCAGUUUGGUGUCAAAUGCUGUCAAGUUUACCACAAUCAUUUAUA